AUUUCCCAUAGCUUUCGAUUAUCCAAUUCUUUGCGCUAAACAACGCAAUGCGUCUCUUGCCCGAUUUUCACCCUAAAUUGUUUAAGUGUCAUUUGGGUGCGCCAAAUGCGGGGGCGAGAGAUCCCGCGGCCAAGCCGUGGGGCGGGCCACGCCACACGCACACCGCCUCGUCAUCCUUAUCAAACAAAACGUAGCGGGCCGUGGCGGCCGUGGCGCACACGUGCACCAGAACGCGCUCGACACCCGCUCGCCCGUUACCUCCGCCGCGCCGGCAGCGAGUCGCCAACUUCCCUCGCUUCAUACUUGCCGCACCUCCCCCCUCUGCUAACCCGUCUCUGCCGCUUGGCGCUCGUUUUGUAAUGCAACUUUACUCUAGUUGAGUUCGAGAUUGCGUUCGCUGCAUGCGUUUCGUAACAACAUCGCGUCCCCUUUGUUCUGUUAUAUUUAAACUUUUUGUGAAAAUGAAAGUUAUUCAAAUAUUUUCAUCAAAUACAUUGUGAAUGGGCGAGGUCCUAUCUAUCGUUUGUACGAUUUACUCAAAAGUCAAGCGCGCAGACUCCGACUCGAUUGGGGCGCUGGAAUCAAAUAAAUCGCAUGUUAACAAACUUAAGAUUACGUCGCCAAGCUCCAGUCGCUAACUUGCAGAUGUACUUCCUCCCGUGGAUUAUGAGUACCCAUUGAUAAAUAUGAGCGGAUAACAGUUUUGGAUAAGGACCACGCGAAGCCGGCCUUUGCUUAUAUUUUUCUAGUGUGAGUUGUGGUCGGUGAGUCAUUACGGUGAGAUGUGAGCGGGCGAGGAAUGAUGGACGUGCAACUAAGUGAACAGACUAAGUGGCAUCGUGGAGGCUUCCUCUCCACACUUAACAGAAGUUUUCGCCUGGCCACAAAGUCUAAAAGCCUCACCGGUUCUCCUGUGGAGAAUAAAUCUAUUGAACAAAGUCUGGAUAUGACUACGCCGGGUUUAAAUGCGUCCAGCGAAACACCAAUCACAUUACGGCCGCUGGAGAUUGUUGCGCCUCGUAUUGACACGUACAGGUUUUCGAUGGCUAACUUGGAGGAAACUCAAGAUGCUGAUUUAGACGCUAUUCUCGGAGAGCUUUGCGCACUUGAUUCAGAAUAUGACGAAGAAAUAUCUAGAGUAUCUUCAGAUUACUCUUCACAAGCAAAAGACAGAAGUGCAGGUGAAAGCUCACAAAGGCAAGAGAACAAAGAUGUCAGCGAUGGGGCGUCCACCAUCGCUCGUACGGACUCCCCUGAUAAUGAUUCCGCUUUUAGUGACACUGUAUCUAUGCUGUCCAGCGAAUCAUCUGCAUCUAGUAGUGCAAGUUCUAAAUGUAAACCUAUUAAAUUAAGUCUCCUACCAAACCAGAAGGAUGCGGUUUUUCAACAGAAAGCGGAUAAAAUCAAGCUCGCUUUGGAACGCAUGAGAGAAGCUAAUGUUAAGAAGCUCUUCAUUAAGGCUUUUUCUAUGGAUGGCUCAUCCAAAAGUUUACUAAUAGAUGAGAAAAUGACAUGCGGCUAUGUGGCGCGAUUGCUGGCUGACAAAAAUCAUGUCUCUAUGGAACCUAAGUGGGCGAUAGUGGAACACCUACCUGAUCUGCAUAUGGAACGGGUCUAUGAAGAUCACGAAAUGUUAGUCGACAAUCUGAUGCUAUGGACGAGGGAAUCCAAAAACAAAAUACUAUUUGCCGAGAGACCUGACAAGAUAUCACUCUUCCAAACACCAGAAAGGUUUCUCCUUACUGAAGAUGAUAAAGGCUGGUGCAGUGAACAAGACGAACAUUCGCGUCAAGUGAUUAUAGAAGAAUUUUUCGGCCAAAGCGGACCAUCUUCGAACAUCCCAUCCGUAUCAGGCCAUCCUGUACCGCCCAUGGAAGGCCCUCUCUAUUUAAAAAGUGAUGCCAAAAAAGGAUGGAAGAAGUUUUACUUCGUACUACGACCGUCUGGACUGUACUAUUUACCGAAAGAUAAAGUGAAGACUUUGAAGGAGUUGGUGUGUUUGGCGACAUUCGACACUAACGAAGUAUAUUUAGGAUUGAAUUGGAAGAAGAAAUACAAGUCUCCCACCGACUACUGUUUCGCUAUCAAGCACCCGCGACUCCAGCAGCCAAAGAGCGUUAAAUUCAUCAAGUUCCUCUGCGCUGAUGAUCAGAAAACUCUGGAGAGAUGGAUCACUGCUAUGCGAAUAGCUAAGCAUGGCAGACAACUCCUGGAGAAUCACCGCUCCCUCGUCGAGGAACUCACACAAGAAGAUUUAGAUCACUUGGCGCAUGCGCGUUCUUGUUCUAUAACAUCGAUCCCCACAAAGACAAAUGGCACGAUGCCAAUGGGGGUCAACAGCCCCGCGCAGUCCGCCUCUAGCAAUAUCAGUGUUGCCAACUCCGAUAUCAGCAGUGGCAGACAUUCCCGCGCUUCAUCAUCUAGUUCCAGCGGGUGUCUAUCAGAUGGCGGCACUGCUUCCGAAAGUGCCUUUGACUGCGAGUUUCCUAUGGGUACAAUAAAACGAAAGCCCUCAAUGAAGCCAAAUAUACCGCUGACGUGGAUGACCCGCCAGCUGAAGGAGAUGGUGGAGAACGAAGGCGAUACAGACACGGGCGACACGGGCACGCUUACCAGGCGGACUCGACCGCGUGAUGACUCCACGCUUAAACGACACCAUUCCACCGCUACAGAAUCUUCUGAUACGCCCAUCUAUAGUACCGGCAGCGUUGCUUCAAGUAGUCCCGUUCGGCACCAGCCGCCGUCUCCAUCUUACGGACAUUAUGAGACGAUUACGAGAGACCCUUACCGUAGCAGCGUUGAAACCACCUCGUCUCUCUACGGGUACACUAUUUAUGAUAAAACUCAACAGCAGCAAGAUAUAACAGCAGUCGAAGAUUUGCCACUCCCACCUCCUCCGACAGAUGAUGUUCCAGAUGGAAUGUUCAGCUCCACUCUUAGCCUCGACUCAUUACCACCCCCUCCACCUCCACUGGAUUCUAUAGAAGAUAUAAAUGGCUCUCAGCUCAGUCUUCCACCACCACCUCCCGAACAUGCCAUGGAAGCUCAACCCGGGAGAGUACAGGAUAUCGUCAGUCAACUCACUGCCCAGCAAAUAGAACAGGCAGCGCGCGCAGGUCAAAGAAAUAGCAAUCGCUUAUCUGAUUCCAGCCGGUCGUUUCCUCGUCAACCUUCAUUGGAUAGUGUUCAUUCAGAGGCUUCAAAAACUUCUUCUCUCCAUUCCGAUAAAAGCAUUUACGGCACACAGAAUGUAGCAUAUGGGGCUUGUCUAGUUGAAUUACAGUCUAAGAAACUGAGCAAUGGCAGCCCAUCUGUACAAAAGAAAACAAUGGACUCAACAACUAAGGAACGGACUAGUUCCAUUAAGAAAGUGAAUUUCGCAGAUGAUUUACCAACGUCUUCUGAAAAGAAAACCAAAAAGAUCACAUUUAAUUUAACAGAUGCGCCGCCCUCGCCCCGAAAACCACCACCACCCAAACGCAAUGAAAGUACUCGGUUAUCUUCACCAAAAAAACUUGCAGAUUCUAAUAGCAAUCCUCCCAAAGAAUUUUUAAAAGAUUUACAAAGAGUAAUGAGGAAAAAAUGGCAAGUGGCGCAGAAAUGCAAACUUGAGCCGGCAACGACACCGCAUGAAGUUCUUGGCUUCAGGGAGUAUCCACUAUCAGAUGAUUACAAGGAAACGAGUGUGUCCAUGUGGGUACAGGAGCAUUAUGGAGGCGGUUCGGGUAUCGAAGAUCCGUUUUAUGAGAAUGUCUUCGGCCGGGAGGCUCCACCUAGACGCGAGGAACCCAAGCCAAUAAAGAAACGUCCUCCACCGGCACCACCCCGCCGAAGUGACUCCACUCACUUGACCACUCACCCAGGACUACCCACAGCGACGCACUCGUCCCUGCCUGCGCAUCCUUCCACGGUACAGCCGACCGCUUGAGACAAUCUUAAUAUUUCGCUCGCUUUAUGCGGAUUCCCGUGCCGUUUGUGUUACGCCCCCAAUUCUAACGAUGCCUAAAGAUAUUUAUUAUCUUUAUUAGCGUUGUAGUGGUGUGAAGAACACAGUGAAGUUUUAGCGAGCGUCUUUGGUAUGUACCAAGGACUAUGCACUUUCUCAUGUUUAAUCAUCAUACACAUCAGGAAUAAUGCGUUGUAGUAGCAGUGUAUUGUCCAUAAUUGUGUAAAUGUAGUGAUUUAAUGUAGUGAUGAAAGAUUUAACCGCUCUCUGAAUGUAGCCGAAUUGUGUUCCGUUCGUGUUAGAACAUUGAGAGUGGACGGUGGAGUAUUGUAAUUUCAUUAUAUAUCUUAAAAUAAUAAACUCUGUUCUUUGUAAUGUGUUGAAAUGUGACCAACUGAAGAAAUAAAAAUGUUAGGUAAGUUUGGAGCAAGUUUGAGGUUAUUGAAUGGCGGUGCUAUUAUGAAAUGGUAUAGUAAGAUAUGUAAAAUUUUGCUGGUCCAAUUGUAACAAAAAAAUUGUAUGAGAACUUGAUAAAUAGCCUCAACGCACUGAAUUAGUAUUAAAGUUAAAUAGGUGAAAAUAAAACCUUUACUAUUAUUGUUUAUGACAAAAUAGUAUAAAAUUUAUACAAUAUGAAAUAUAUUUUAAAAUUAUAUAAAAUUUUAUUUAAUUAUUGGCUAUUUCAAAGAAAUGGUGCUAAUUUUAGAAGUGAGCAAACUGUACCUAUUGUUACAAGUGGACUUUGCAAGACGUAUUUAUUAAAAUUAGUUGGGGUUUUGACAAUUUUAUAUUAUAUUCCUAAUUUUAUUAAUGAGCGGUUCCCGGCAUAGACAACAGAGUUGCCCGUUAAAUAACAGUUGAAUUCAAAAUUAUUUUUAACUUAAAAGUAAAUUUACGUAAAUUUUGGAAUUGCGAAUCUCAUUAGUUCCAAAUAUUAAAACUUUAUUCAUUUUCGUCGUUUUUAAAAUGAAAAUGAAAUUUUAUUUUACAUGAAAAAAACAUUUAAACCUUUUUUUCCUUUGUGGCAACUCUGUAUGAUAAAAUAGCAUCCAAACAAUACACACAAACUAAGUACUAUCAUGGUAAAUAUUUUAUGGAAUUUGUAGGAUUUUAAAAGUUUUACUAUAAAAGCCAGGCACCAUAUCAAACCAGUUUUUAUAUUGUUACCCAUUUUAUAACAAUACAACAUACACGCGUGUGAAUUUAGAAUUAUAGUAUUCCUAAUUUGUGCCAUAGUUACAGUAUACUUUAAUGUUUACAUUUAGAUGAUAACUUACAAUAUAAUUUGUUUAAUCAAGGCGAAAAUUUUUGAAGAAAAUUAUAUAUUUAAAUUAAAAAUUUACAGCAUUUAAUGUUAAUAUUUUUUUUAUUAUAAAAUAUUAGUCACAACAAUGAGGAUAAUUUUGAACUCAUAUAUUAAUACAAUUUGAAAGAUAUGAACGCAGUAGAAACUUUUCAAAUUAGUGAAACAUCUGAGCUGGUUUGAAUUUUUUAUGAAAAUGAUCUCAUUCCUACGGCAUGCUUUUGUAGAUUAUUUUUCACUGGGCUGUGAUAUUGUCCAAUCUGAUUGGACGCGCGCUGAAAUUUUUACCGCGAUCCAUUUAUAAUUAUAUAACGAAAUAUCAAUUUAUUGAUAAUGUUCAUUUUUUUGUCAUUAAGAACGAAUUGUGUCCUUUUACAAGAUCAUUUAAGAACCGUCCUCCGUGUCAAAUAGGCGCAUCUUAUUUUAUAGCACAAGGAUUGUUUUUUAUACCUAUUUAGAUAAAAUAUUGUAGCAGCGUCUUAAAUAGGUAUUACAUUCAUUUGCGUAAACAUUUUUUCUGUUAUUGUGACGAAAUUAUUUUCUAUUCGUAAAUCGAAAUGAUGGCCAAAUGAUAAAGUACGAAUAUUAUGAUAAAAAGUAAGGUUAGGUAUAAACAAUUGUUUACAAUUAGUAUCUUUAAAUAGUCAAAAAUAUUAUGUUCAUGAGUACGUAAGAAAAAUAUUAUAGCUUUUUAUUAAUAUUGUGUUUUAAUAUUUUGUAGUUCACAAAGAAGUGGUUGUGCUGUAUCCACAAAGCCUAAAUCAAUCUUAACUGGAUCAAACGUUCAAUUUCUUGCGCAUGUGUGGGAUUCAAAGAACACAAUUCACAUAAGGCUAGCCCGCACUACGAAAUAACCUUGGUUGCAAAAACCAUGCAUGGUUUUAUUUUCGUAUUUUUGUAAUACUUUGGAAUCUUAAUUCGAUAUUCGCUUUUUAAAGUGCGCUUUCAAAAUUUGUACUUUAAUACAAAUGUGAAAGUGAGUUUUAGAUUUAAUUUAGUUGUCCAUUUUAUAUACAUGUGCCUCAGCCGAGAAUUGCACAGUACUGACAAACGCGAGAAUAGAAGUCGUAUUAAGUGGAAUACAUUAUUAUAAUAUUAGCACGUUGAAUAAAAACUACGACAAUAGAAUCGCGAGAUGUAAUUUCGCAGUACGGCUUAACCUUAAUCUUGUCAAAAUACGAGUUAUUAUAGAUUGUGAAUAACAGAAUCUGUAACGAAGUGUACAUGAAUUUGACUCAAAUGGAUAAAACGUUAUGUAUUGAGAGGAUUUUAUGUUCCGCGAUAAAUAAUCAGUUAUGUCAUAUUGUAGAUAUAAUUGUUGGCAUGAAUUAUAGAAUAAUAUCAAAAAUAUUAUUCGACAUUUCUUAUUUUUCGCAUAUGAGUACGAAAAUUGUAUCUUACAUGUGUCAGACUGACUAAAUCAUAUACUAUGCAGAAUGUAUCUAGAAUAAUCAAGUGUAUUUUUGCCAUUUUACGAAUUAAGGGAGAAAAUUAGUUCAUUUCUUUUCUCUCAUUAUGAUCAUUAACGAUAGUAAUUAUUGUUGCAUCCUCAAGUAAUAUUUUAAGUAAAAGUCCAUCCAUACAAAUUAUUCAGCUUGAAAGACUGAGAAUUCAUCAGACUUUGACAAUAAAAUUGCGUCCAGUCCAAAAUAUUACGACAAUUUUUGGUAAAAAUAUGUCUAAAUGAUUAGUCAUUAUACUUUCAAACAAGAGUGUGUUAAUAUUACAGAAAAAAAAAACAAAUAUCUCAUAGAAAAUUUAAGAUCAGAGUAACUAAUAUGGUAAUAACUUUGGUUUAAUGUUUAUAAGUUAAACAACAUUUGCUUAGCAUAUUAUUGUAUCUACGCACUUGAUAUACAUAUUUAAAAAACGAGUUUUAGAACGUUUUAACAGCUCUCUUAUUCGACUGCGAAUACAAGGCGGCUACCCUUUUUGAAGGUUAUUUAUUGGAGAAACAGAAAAUGUUGAAUACAAUUGUUUGCUUAUAAGAAACGGUUGUUUCACCGUGCAAAUGAUAUUCAAUUCUUCGUUGUAGGACUUAGACUUUCCUAUUGAUAGACCGAAAUAAUGCUUAAUUAGUCUAAUUCGAGAUAGUCGCCUUUGUAUAUACAACUCGUUUUUCACACUGUGUUGUAGCAAUGCGAGACAUCAAACUGCGUUUGCAAUUAAAGUAAUUAUCAUGCUCUCGUUACCAGUAUAUUUUACAUAUAUCUAAUUUGAAAAAAUUUGCAUGAAAAUAUUUUAAUGUAUCAAUAUCAUAUAAAACUUGCUACACACACAGUGUCAUUUGACGCACCCUCAAGUGCGCAUGCGCAUCGUAUAACUUAAUUAACUUGAGCCACAAACAUCUUCGCUAAGCGUUAUUCGAUGAAUUGUUAUGCCUCAAGCUUAUUCAUCGCACUUUGAUUGUCGCAUCAGCGGAUUGAUUUCAUACGAAUUGUACUUGUAAUCAAACAUUAACGAAACUGUCAUGAUUAGUACGCUUCUUACUAUAAUAUAAUGAUUUUUGUUGCAAGAUUAUAAUACCUAGUAAAAGUGAUAAUUCAUAUAUAUAUAUAUAUAUAUAUAUAUAUAUAUAUAUAUAUAUAUAUAUAUCAUAUCUGUACAGGUGAAAACUGGAUCCUCAACAACUGAAAUAGCUUAAGUUUUCAAUUCACUACCAUUUAAGAGUAUUAGGUACUGAUGCAAAAACAUAAUUUUUUUUGGCGUUUAGAUGAAAUUCUUAAAUAGGUAAAUGUCGUUUGUGCACCGCCUAGGAGUGUUGUGUCGACUUUCAUGGAUGGUAUUCGUAUAUGUACUAGACUUAGUAUUAACAACUUUUACUUACACUGACGUAGAAAUAUAUAGACAUGUUUUAUGGCCGAGGGUUAUAUCACGAAUAUCUUAAUUUGUCUCUAGCUUAUCUAUUGUUUAAAAUGCUGUGAGACAGAAGUAAGAUAUGUGAUUUCAAAUUUAAAUUUGAAAUGAAUAUUGAUCGUAUUAUCCUCGACGGACCUUAAGUCCGAUACAGAAAUUUGAAGUGAUUUAAAGCUAUAUAUACAGUUAAUAAUCCUUUACACUGUAUUCAUUUUGAUAGAAUUUGUACGAAGUGAAGAGAAAUAAUUAGAUAAUCUCACUUAAAGUAGAGUAAAAAGCAAACUAUUACUUUAUACAAAAAGUUUCCAUUUUUAAAUAAAUAAGUAUUAAUUCUAUUGAAAUAUACUAUAGAAGUAUACUAUGUAAUAACUGUCCUAAAGAUUAUUGGAAGAAUUAUGUUAACGUUAGAUACGGGUUACUUUUUUCAAUUUUUGGCAUCUAUUCUAUAAAUAUUUACGUUUGAGAAUGAUUUAAGUAAUCACUUGUAACGCAUUUACUAGUAUUUUUAAUUGUUUAAAUUGUACAGAUGAAAAUAAUUAUAAUUCUUUGUAUAUUUUUUGAAAUAUACCGGAAAUGCUAA